UGUACCUCGUUUCUGCAAAGUCCUCUACCACCUCCUGGUGGAUUUAGAAAGAGCCCCUACAGUAAAUGGUUGUCAACAGUGUGAACCAUGCUGUUUUCUUUUGAUGUUGGAUUUUCACCAGGCUGCCUUUGUGCUGCUCAGUUUCUCAACAUGUUGGUUUCCUUUCUUUCUGACCCAGCCAUCAUACAUGUACAUGUACUGUAAGCAUGCAUGUCUUUUCUCCCUUGCAAGUAUACAUGUACAUGUACACGUGUACUGGUCUACAUGUAGAAUACAUGUACUGUACUAUGCUUUGUAGACUCUUAUUGGCUAUGCAUGACUUCAUCUGGUGGCAUGGCAGCUUGUUACUUGGGUCUGAAGGAGCAACUCUGUAGCUUGCAGGCCUUUACAUGGUCUGAUCUGCCAGAUGCUUGCUUAUUUAUCCGCCAUUGUCAAUCCCUGUCCCUCAUUGCACAAUGCGGCCCUGUUGUGGGGCUAAAUCUUUUUUAAGUGUUUUCUUUGGCCUGUCAAGGCUGCAACAAAGCCCUGGUUAAACACUCCAACGGACGCGCUUAUGCUGAUUAAGCUUUCUGGGGUUGCACACGCACGGAGACCACAUCUUGCAACAUAUUGGUAGCUAUGAGAUGCCUCUGACAUACUUGGAAUAGCCCCCUCCGGUUGACUUCGUUGAGUGCGUUUUGUCGAGUUUGCGGAGUGCCGCCACAUACAAUGCCUCGGAAGAGAGGGGGCGGGCUCCUGUGUGGGUGCUUUGGAGGCGGGGAUGAGACGCCGCACAUCACCUACGAUGUGGACAAUGGGAUGGUCCUCCACCCCAUGGAGGUCGCUGACCCCAUGCCACCGCUGGAAGAGCUCAACUUGAUGUUUGUGGAACUUGUGGAUGAGUUGGAUCUCCCUGCCCUCCACAGAGAACGAAUGUUCAGCUUGUCCCCAGAGAAGAAGUGGCAGAUUUAUUGCAGCAAAAAGAAAGAACAAGAUGAUCCCAAUUCAACCAAGUGGCCAGACUACUAUCUUGACCAGCUGAAGGCCAUGAUGACGUUGGCCUUUACCCAUGAUGAGGAUGUCAUAGCUGCCAGAACAAACUUGGUGGACAGUCUGAAGACGGCUCUUCGGACGCAACCGAUGAGGUUUGUGAUGAGGUUCAUUGAGCUGGAUGGGCUGUCCGUUCUACUGGAGUUUCUUGAAAAUAUGGACUUUGAUUUGAUGGAAAGUCCCAUUCAUACAUCAGUGAUUGGCUGCAUCAAGGCUCUCAUGAAUAAUUCACAUGGCAGGGCAGACGUGUUAGCCCACCCAACUGCCAUCAACAUCGUUACCCAGAGCAUGAGCUCGGAGAACAUCAAGACCAAGAUUCAGGUCCUGGAGAUCUUGGGUGGAGUGUGCCUGGUGCCUGGGGGACACCGCAAGGUUCUGACUGCCAUGUCCCACUACCAAGAGUACGCCUCGGAGAGGACAAGGUUCCAGAGGUUAGUCAACGACCUGGACCGGAGUACGGGCCACUACAGGGAAGAGGUCAACCUGAAGACUGCCAUCCUGUCCUUCAUCAAUGCCAUCAUCAAAUAUGGAGCAGGGGAGGACAACCUGGAAUUCAGAAUUCACUUGCGGUACGAGUUUCUCAUGCUGGGUAUUCAGCCGGUCAUAGACAAGCUUCGGAGUCUGGAGAACGCCACCGUAGAUAGGCAUUUAGAUUUUUUUGAAUUAGUACGGAAUGAAGAUGAAAGGGAACUAGCCAAGAGAUUUAACAUGGUACAUGUAGAUGUCCGGAGUGCAAAUAGCAUGUUUGAAGUGAUUAAGAAGAAGAUAGCACACACUCAGGCCUACCCACACUUCCUGUCACUCCUUCAACAUUUUCUGCUCCUUCCAAAUAAAGGCAGCAGCAUACACCACUGGUCGCUGGUAGACCGGCUGGUCCAGCAGAUUGUACUGCAGUACGAGGACGGUGGCGAUCCCGAUGUGGCACCGUUCGACAUCAACUUCAAGGACGUGAUUGAGAAGGUCAUCAACCAGGACGUCAUCAGGCAGCAGAAGGCGGAAGAGUUGGAAAAAUCUUAUGAGGAGCUGAAGGCCCAACUGGAGCGAAAAGAACGGGAACUGGAUGCCAAAAACCAAGAGAAGAGAUCAGACGCACCAUGUGCCCUGUCUCCUCUUCCUGUCGUCACCACAAUGGAGGAAGCCAUGAGUGCGCUCAAUUCGAUCCAGGAACGGUUUGACCAGCAAGCGGCAGAGUUGGCCAUGUCCAGCAGACAAGGGCAGGAGUUGCAGGCCCAGAUGGCUGAGCUCAAGGCCAUGAUUGCCAGCGGCAAGCUAGGGGCCGUCAGUCUCUCAGAUGACGACAUGCUGAAAGUAGACUCCCUGAAAUCCCCAGCAUCCCUCUCAGGACAGCCGGCACCUCCCCCGCCCCCUGCUGCACCAUUUGCCCCACCCCCACCCCCCGGCAUGGGACCUCCAGCUCCGCCGCCGCCUCCAGGCCAGGGAGGGCCGCCACCCCCUCCAGGUAUGGGAGGAAUGAUGGCCAAGAAGAAGAACUAUCCCAAGCCUUCCAACCCGCUGAAAUCAUUCAACUGGGCCAAACUGCCCGAUCUGCAGCUGCAGGGAACGAUAUGGACAGAACUGGACGGGAUGAAGAUUUUAAAAAUCAUGGACCUGACGGAGUUUGACAAGGUCUUCUCGGCCUACCAGAAGGUGGACACGGACGGGGAGACAGGCUUCAGCUUCAAGUCCAGCAAGCGCAAGGAGCUGUCUGUCAUCGAUGGCCGGCGGGCCCAGAACUGCACCAUCCUGCUGUCCAAGCUCAAGCUGACCAACGAGGAGAUCACCAAGGCUGUCCUGAGCAUGGACCAAGGGGAGGACAUCCCCAAGGACAUGCUGGAGCAGCUUUUGAAAUAUGUGCCAACUCCUGAAGAAGUGGCCUUGGUGAAGGAGCACGAACGGGAACUUGACAGCGUGGCAAGAGCAGACCGGUUCUUGUAUGAAAUGGGCAAAAUCAACCAUUAUGAGCAGCGGUUGAAGUGUCUGUACUUCAAGAAGAAAUUCCAGGAGAGAAUGGGAGAGUGCAAACCCAAAGUGGAAGCCGUGCUCAAAGCCUCCAAGGAACUGAGCUCCAGCAAGCGGUUACGGAAGGUCCUGGAGAUCAUCUUGGCCUUUGGAAACUACAUGAACCGGGGGCCCAGGGGCAAUGCAUCGGGCUUCCGCAUCUCCAGCCUGAACAAAAUCCUGGACACUAAAUCCAGUCUUUCCAAGCAUCCCACUCUCCUCCAUUACCUGACAGCAGUAUUAGAAAAGAAGUUCCCAGAUGUCUUCAAACUGGAAGAGGAGCUGGCAUCACUGCGGGAUGCAUCUAAAGUCAAUAUGGGCGAGUUGGACAAAGACAUCAACAUCAUCGGAGCAGGGCUUAAAGAAGUGGAGAAGGAACUGGACUUUCAGAAGAAUAGACCAAGCACGGAGAAGGGCGACAAGUUUGUUUCAGUCAUGAGUGACUUCAAGACGGUCUCCUCCAUCAGCUUCUCCAAGAUCAGGGACCUCCAGGCCCAGGCCAAGGAAAAGAUCACCAAGUGCAUCAAACAGUUUGGGGAGGACCCGGCCAAGAUGACGGCAGAGGAAUUCUUCAGCACCUUCGACGCCUUUGUCCAAUCUUUCAUCGAGGCGAAGAUCGACAACGAGAACAUGCGCAAGAAGCAGGAAGAGGAAGAAAAGCGGGCACGCAUCGAGGCGGAGAGGGUAGCACGGGAACGCAAACGGAAAGCAAGCAAGAAGGAGAAUCAGAACGGCCGGAAGCAGGGUGGCGAGGGUGAAUUCGACGACCUGAUCUCUGCCCUGAGGACGGGGGACAUGUUUGGCGAGGACGUGGCCAAAAUGAAGCGGAACCGGAAGCGGCAGAGCCAGCCGGCCCAGCCCGCCGCCGCCAACGGCAGCAACGGCCGGCCCAAGAUGGGGGAGGUGAGCCGGGAGAGGGUAGGCAAGCCCAAGCCGGCCACCACGCCCUCCUCCAAGAUGACUGCCAUAUAAUGAAGUCUCCAGCAUGUUGCGGUUUCAACCGGAUAGGAGAAAUAAGGGUACCGCUGUAAACUCUCUGCUUGGCACCGGUGGUCACCUCAAAUAAUGUGCCAAGUGUGUGUGCAGAUGCGAGGACUCAUCAGAACUGUCAACGAAAAAGCUUUUCCUGUCAUAUUCCACGGAAGUGUUGAAAUAAAGGAAAAAACUGAAGUGGUCCACUGUUGUCAGUCAAAGACGGCAGGGAGCACAGUGCCUUGUCAGUCCGAUAAGCUGUCGCUCUGCUCCAUCCUCCAAGGCACUUCAGUAUCCAGGCUCGAGUUGGGGUUUACAUUCCCUUGCCCCAGACCGUCGGCUUUGUUCUCCUGUUAGAAUCCAGCAGAGUCCAGCUGCUCGCUGCUAAAGAAACGCUGUUUCUGGCAACUGCCCGCUGUGUGAGGACAAGAGGAAGCACAUAAUGAAAAUGGAAAAGAGUUGUGCUGUAUCCGUCAUAUUUUAUGAAAGGCCUUGUACAGUAUAUGCCAAAAUGAAAAAACAAGACUGACAAUGUUACCUUAUUUCUGCUGAAGCAGUUGGUAAAUUUUGUUGUAAAACCAACUGUACUUGUUUGAUUUUCCUGUAGAAGUCUUGAUGCUGGCUCAUUCCCCAGUCUUUUGUUUAAUCGACUCCAAAUAAGUCACCGGCCAAUUGUUAGACAACAACAAUGUACAUAUUAUUUAAAUCUGUAAGAUUUGUAAGUAAAAACUUGGUGUUAACGAACUCUUCUGUACAAAACAAUGACCAACAUUCUUUUUGUAAGCAUCUCCUGCAAAAGGGUUUUUAAAAAAAUCACACUGCUGCUUUAUUUCCUUAUUUUUAUUCAGGUCGUCAGUCCAAUGUCUUAAUUUUUCUCUCAUGUAUUGGAAUAUUUUCAGAUAAGAAACUUAACACAUAUUUGGCUUGCCAUAAAUUAAAAAAAACAGGGUUUACACUGUCACAAAGGGUAGAUAAAUGUUCACGGCGAAAUGGAAAGGCAUAUAGUCAACGUUCAUUGUGCAAGACAUCUUCAACAGACUGAAUGACCUUCAAAACACUUGCUCAUUUAAUAUUUACAUUUCAAGAGUGAUCGAGUAAAUCUUUUGUGUUUCAGAGUGAUAGAGCUGGUGAGCCUUUUGAAAGACUCGUAAUAACAUGCACAUGAUGUCAGAGGUCAGGUUCAUUCUGACCUGGAUUGUGACCUGUAGAGAUGACCUUGUAAAUUUAUGAUCCUGUAAAUUGACCUGAUAAGAAUGGUGUUUAGAGUUUAAUGCAAUGCAAGUUUCUUUUUUUUUUUAAUACGCAGACUUUUUUUUGCGUAAACAAAAGAUUUGCGCAUGUGUGUAAAUAAUUCCUGUUUUUUCUUUGGAAAAAUUGUGUUGGAAGCAAUUUCUAUGGAAGCCGUAAAGAAUUCUUGCAGCGGUCUCCGCGUCCUUUCAUGGAAUUUCUUCGGAGUUGCAUGAAACAAUGGAGGAAGAUGUACUUGCAAUGUUGUACAGAUUUAACAUUAGAAGGAAAGGGUGGCUUUAGGAAUUUCCUUGGUGUUGAUAAUGACAAACUGACACGAUCGGCAUGAUCAGGUACCUGUUAUCUACCGAGUCAGUCGGAAGUGAGAUCUAUUAAUUCAGUUGUAGCGGUGUACAUUAAGGUGGCUGCAAUUUGGUGUCUAGUGAAUAUGUAUGUGAUAUAGUAGAGUUGGUGAGCAUUGUGCAUGUGAAUGCAAUUUCCUCCUCUUUUUUGGUCUUUCUGUGUUUUGUUGCCUAGGUAAAUUUUAAGUCUCAUGUCUGCUCGUAAACUCUGUAAAUUCCAUUCACCACCUCAUCAUGGAUUUACUUUACGAUGUACUGGCCCCCAGUUACAAAAUCGUUUUUUGAGUAAGAAGCUCUAUUUUGGAACAAGACAAGUUGGGCCUGCGAGUGUAUCGGCCAAAGUUCAAAAUGAAGUCAACUGCCUCAAAUAUUGACUACUCAGAAACAAUGUAGUACUUGACUGAUCACUGUACUGUCAUCUUUUUUGCCUCUCUCAAAGGCCCCACUGAGUAGGUAGGAUUUGCUGUAAUGACAGUGUGUGGACUACAAACAAGCUCAUUGCUACACACGGUCUGCCUGGGUCUGCCUGCCUGGGCUUGCCAGAUGUUACGUGUGCUUCCAAAUCCAAUAAAACCAGUGGUGAAAGAGGCAAGCAUGUACAUCCUCCACAGGAGAGUCUGGAAAGCCUUGACAGUUUUUAAUCAAGGCUCACUGGGACAUAUUUCUUUGAGGGGAUACAGUUGCCGAGAUGGGUCUUUUGUGUGUCCCGACAGUAGGGGGUGCUUUAUUCCAGCACUUGCAUCCAAAAACAGUCGAGGUGCAAAACAAGCGUCCCUUGCCACUUCUUUGUGGGCUUAGUUUGACCAAGUCACCCAGUAGUGACGCACUCUGGAGGCAACAGACAUCCCAAACUCUCUUAUAGCUCGCUUUUUCUUGAUGGAGCAUUUCACAACAGAAACAGCAUGGUGAUGAAGAAGAAUAUGUGGGACUGCACGUAGUUUUUGGUUGGAUCAAGAUGGACGUAAACUGUGCACGUAUUUUGCUGAUGGCGGAAGUGGAACAAAAUCUUUUAAACAGUUGAAAUGAUUACCUUCCAGAAGCACUCUUUGUAGUUAAAAACUAGAGUGUACAGACAAGUUGCCAGUGUUUUUAUCUUUGUUUUUGUCCAGUAAAGCCCAGUUUCCAUAUCAACGUACAGAGAUGCAGACAACUUUCCCGAACAUUCCUCGAUACUACCCCGAUGUAUGAAAUGCUUCACCGUGACUGACUGACAACAACACGCACACUGAUAGUUGGCCAAGCCUGGAUCAGCAGCCAGGCCGACUAUCCGAGUUGUUUGGAGUUGUCAGAAUAGAGUGGGCCUAUACACUUGCUGUUUUAAUUCCAGUGUUUGGUCCAAUGGUCACACACACCCUCUCUUCCACAACAGUGCCUGCCUUAACAUCUUGUGUGUUCGCAGCAGUCUCUACAACUGUGUGGAAACAAGGCUUUAACAGAGUGAUGGAAGGUUUGUGGCAACAACAGUUUUGUAGUUUUCACAUGUAGUUGACUUUUCAGUUGAGAUAGUAGCCACAAGAUUGACAUGGGCCCUUUAUCUUUCCAACAAAGUUGAUUUCUUGAUCUUGAUUGGUCAAUCCAUGGCAGCUGACUGUGCAAUAUGUAUACCCACAUACCAUGUGCUACAUUAUUCUGUGUUCCAUUCAUGCUUGUGGGAUAACUAAUAUGUCGAUAGCACUUUUGUGGAAGAUGACACUUACACAAUUGGACAAACUUUCCUCUGUAUUUUUUAGGCAGUGUCCUCGACCAAGUAAUGGGUUUUUUUUUACCUCAGAUACAGCCACUUUAUGGUUGCAUUCCACCACAAACAACAGGUUUUAUCACAUAUUUAAAUUGCACUGCUGAUUAUUUGUGUCUUCCGGCUGUCUCACGUGAAAUGACAGGAAUUUCAUUUUUUCAUCUUUUCUUUCAAAUCUUAGUUGACCUUAUUUGGUAAUGACUAUCUACAUGCGCUUGAUCACACUUCGAUAUGGAUAAGGCGAAUGGCCGUUUGUUUUGUUGUGGCUUCAGCUGAUUAAAAAAAGACCAGAAACAUGCAGCCUGUUACCGGUGUACAUAAUAGUGGUUGUAGGGUAGCAGCCCACUGUGUGGACUUCCAUGUUGACCAACUCCACAGACUAUGGAAAAGAAAGACACCAUUUGUGUCUGUCACCGACAACUGAUAAAAUAGCGUAGCAUUCCUGUUCAGACUUAGCAAAUGGAAAGAAAGAGUUGUACAUUUUUUUGGAGUAUUCACAAAACUGAUGCACAGAUUUUUGGCCAAAGAAUGCCUAUUUUUCCAUUUCCACAUUUUCGGGAGUUACCUUCCACGAUGUGGAAAAGUUUGAGACUUUUUUAAAAUCCCAAAUCUGUAUUCUAUAAGUGGUGUAUUGAAUUGAAAAGUGAUAUUUCUUUCUGUUCCAAGAACAUGUAUGUGUGAUAUGUUAACUGUAUGAUUCAUUUGAAUAUUUCUCUUUGAAGAUAAUCUUGUUAUCAAAUACUUUCUUUGCAUUUGUAUGUGUAAAUAAAAAACCUUUUGUUGGGAGUGGUAGAACAGUGCAAGAGUGGUGAACAGACAGCUGGGAGAAAAGACAAGCUCAAAUUUUCACGAAAAGCACGGCAUAAGAUGAGCUUUGAAGCUUUCCAUGGUGAAGAUAGCAAGUAUAGAGCUGUGCUGUAGCACCAUGUGAGGAUAUCUCUUUUUGAGCAUGUGUGGUUCUUAGAAGAGCAUGUUUGGUUCUUAGAAGAGCAUUUGUGGUUCUGAGAAGAACCAGAGGGCACUGACUAUGGACAGAGCAUAUUGUCCAAAAUGUUGAGUACCCUCCGGUUCUUCUGAGAACCACAUAUGCUCAGAAAGAGAUAUCCUUGUA